AUGGGUCACGAGAAUGUGAGUUGGACAACAGACGAUUGUCAAAGCGUGGUCAUUCACUCGCGAGGUAUUUCCAUGCCUAUGAUUGAGGUUUACCAGGGUUCAUCCCAACGAAUGUGUCUGUUCCUUCAGAGUAGCUCCUUUUCGGCUAGCACAUAG